CGUAUUCUGGCAACUUGCCCAUUCAGUAGCUGCUAGGUAGCACGGGAAUCUCGACUUGCGUCUAACUGCGUGUAAUCGGCAGUGUAAUUCAUGACAGUGCGCUGACAGCCGAAGAGGUUGCGGUAUCUUCUGUAUAGUUUUGACUGACUAAAAUGGUUCGUCUCCUGAUAGCGUUGCUGCUCACAACAGCUCUUAUGGCCCGUGAAAGUCACGCCUGCCUCUACACCUGUCUCACUCCGAGCAACGAAAAAUAUUGCUGUGACAGCAACCUCGAUCGAGUCAUCCCUCCGGAGAUUCACCCAGGCACGUGCCCCAUAACACGACCAGAAUGCCCGGAUGUCCGUACCAGAGUUGAAACUCCUAAGCUCUGCCCACACGAUGGCCUGUGUGACAAGACCUCGAAGUGCUGCUACGACAUCUGUCUGGAGCAUCACGUCUGCAAACCUGUUCUCAAUGUUCCCAUCAUCUUCCCAGAAGGACCCUAGACAAGUUUCUUAAGUCUUCCACUCUGGGAAGGAUUCUCAGAGAUUAGAAAUGUUCUGAAAUGCACCCGUUACCAGCUUCUUCAAGGUUCAGGGUCUUAGCAAACUCAAGGUUUUCCUGUUCCUUGAGAAUCUUAACUUUUUCUACGUAUCAUAGUAAACUAUAAUGAGUUUGAAUCAUGAGUUAAUGCAUUUUGUAGCUUGCCUGAUCUUUACUUGACAUCGCUCUAGUUUAGAAAGUGAAGUGAUUUAGUAUAAUUACUCUAAUUUUCCGAGAAGCAAUGAGGCGUAAAGCAGCGUUUCCCUUUAUCAAGCAGUUCAUAAAUGCCUCGUAGACCUAAUUGUUUGACUGUUGUAAGAAAAUUAAAAUGGUCACUUAACUCGUUUUAAUUUCCUCUCAUUUACCUACCCAUGUCAUUCCCUCAUCGUGAGAAAGCGAGUGUAUAGACUAGAGUGACCAAUUACUUUUGUUUAGAAAAAAAUAUUACAUUAGAUUUCUUGUUCUGUUUUGAAAUGCAGUUUUGAAGCAACUCUUCAUUCACGACUGCCGAGAAGUAUUAGUAGUUAUUGUUAAAUUGGUUUAGUAAGCGUAGCCUGAAUGGUACACCUGGUAACCUCUCUUACUAGAAAGAGUAGCCAGGUAGACACAGAACCCUUAUAAGGUCUGACUGUAUAUAUGGUGUUAGAAGACAGCAGACGUUCGAUGUUGCAGUCACAACCUCUGGUAUUUAUUCGAUCCUUAGUUCUUAGUUUUCUUUUUAUAAGUCUUAACAGGAAGGGUUGUCAUAUGAGAAUAUGUUUAAAGAAAUUAGUUUCCUCCAAUACAGAAUGCAUCAACGGGCCUUUUUUUUUCCUAGUCUGAAUUCAAGCUUUACUAUUCCCAUGGAUACUUACAGUAUCCUGUGGGUAACGCCGAAGUGAAGAGAGUUCUUCGUCAUUCUCGUUUUUAUUCACCAAUUUCACUUUUUUUAUUCUUUUUCUUUGUGGAUCAGUCCCUUUUCUGUUCCUACUGAGAAAACGAUUUGAUGCAUUUAGGCCUUAUCAUUUCUUUAAUAAUUAUUUGGAAAAUUAACAAGGAUUAUUUCUCUCGAUAUCAAUAAUUUGUUACCCAUUUUAUGGCGUCCCAUUUGAAAUGGUCUAGUUCCUGAACUCUUACAAAAAGACCUAGUUUAGGUCUGAUGUCAAAAAAGACGGUUAUUUGCAAUAAAGAGAUGGACGAACAUUACUUUAUGAUUAGCAGUCCAUAUGUGAAACGUCCUAUCCUUGUUCAUUUACAUAUUCUUUUUCCUGUCAGCUUAGACAUGUUUCAAGAGAGCAAAACCGCCCCUGACCUUAUCAUACGAGUUUAGUGGACGCUCUAGAACGGGGGACAAUUACAGCAAUCACUCGUAAAUAAACAAACACUGUCUCGGAAGAGUUUCGAGUAAUGCAACUUUUUUUUUUUUUUAAUAAACUCUGCUUUUAAAAUUCUAUGCUUAUAUUAGUUUUACGUGCACUUUAGGGCUCAUUUCAGACGCAUUUUGGAGAAAUGUAUCAAGCCUCGCCACCUCUCUUGAAUGACCUAGGUCUAGCUGUGAUAGUAGCCUCAAUCUGAGAGCGUCUCGUAAAUGGUGUUGGUCAAGUCUUACCUAUGACUACUGGGUAGCUAGUAUCAUCUCAGUUGGGUUUGGGGCAUCCUAAGCAUUAACCAGAGCAUAGGCAGAGCUCACAUGGAGAUGUGGGGGGUCUAUGUCCAAAAAAUUAAAAUUGGCGGCGAAAAGGUUUAUAAUGUUCAAAGGUAAGAGUUUGAUUUUAUGAUUCCAAUUUUUUUUUAUUAAACCGUUUUCGCUUAGUCGUGUAUGUGUGCUCGCUAGACACAGAAAUAAAAUACUAAAUAUACAUUUUAAGUCUGAAAAAAAUA